GCUCACCCUUGUCGAGACUGAAUAUAUAUUUCAGUUUCAAAUUUGUAUCAGUCGAAGCAACUUCUAAGAUCUUAUAAUAUUUUUUAAAAUUCAAUAAUCUACGAUAUGAUUGUGGUUCAUGACGGAUUGAAUAGCCCACGGCUGCAGGGUGGACAGGAGGUAACUGAGGAGAAUCAGUCGCCAUUUCCGGAUAAAUAUUUAAUGCGUAAUACCCGGGUUCUCAGAGUCUCUAAGGCCCAAAUCCAGGAUGUACCCAUGGAGGUCCUUGAGGCGGCUCAACAGGAGCUGGUCAACAUCGUUAGCUUGGAUGGUAACCUACUGCGCGAAGUUCCCAAGGAUCUUCACUUGCUCGGGGAACAUCUUAACCAGUUAAACCUGACUAAGAACCAGAUAUCCUACAUACCCACCAACAUCUCGCAGUACUCCAAGCUGUCGAUCCUCAACCUCUCCAGUAAUCUCUUGAACGAUCUGCCCAUGGAACUGGGUGGUCUUCAGUUGCUCCGUGAACUGGAUAUCUCGCACAAUAGGUUCCAUCACCUGCCCAGUUGCAUCUAUGAGCUGGAGAACCUGGAAUCCCUGUCGGCCCACGACAACCAGAUCAAGGGCAUCGAUGCCAGCGAGUUGGGACUCGGUGGCCUGCGGGAACUGCAUAGUCUGGAUCUGAGGAACAAUGAUAUCAAUCUAGUGCCGCCAGUUCUGGGAAAGAUGAGCAAGCUCAAGAACCUGGAGCUGUGGGGCAAUCCCUUCCGCCAGCCGCGUCAUCAGAUCCUGUCGAUGGGAACUCCCGCGGUGCUGAGCUACCUGCGAACUCGCAUUCCCAUAUAAAUCAGACAACGUUUACUGUGUUUUAAUCAAAUUCAAAAGUACUCUCAAAUAAAUGGACACUCUUAUCUUUAUACCUCCGAA